AUUUUCGAAACUUUUCUCAAAGCUUCCAUAGAAACGAACGUAGAAACGAGCUAAAAAAAUGAAUUUUGCAGAUAUAAAUAACUUGAUGCCUAUUUUUUAUCUCUAAUCUGCAAAUAAUAUCGUGAUUAAUUUUUUAACUUCGUUCAUUCAUUUGAUAACAACAAAAUAGUUUUUAACCAAAGAUGAUGUAGAGAAAAAAACCCGAAAUAUUUCUUACUGUUUAUUGAAUAUUGCGUGCCAAAUAUUUUGAUUAUGAGUCGUUAUGAAGAUUGUAUAAGCUCGGAUUCCGAUAGUGAUUCCUAUGUUAGCGGCGACGAAGAACAAUCGGAAGCUACUGGAGGAGCUGGUGUUCUUACUCUCGAGGACGAUGAGGACACUACUCUCAUUCAACAAAAUGAACAAGUUCUAGUUCAAGCAAUGGACGUAUACGGAGAAGAACACGAAGAAGAAACUAUUAAUGAAACAACAAAUGAGAAGGAAGAAAUAACGGAAGAAACAACGGAGGAUGAUGAUAAGCCAAAAAAGAAGAAAAAAAAGAAAAAAAAGUUCUUGUAUAUCUGUCUAACAUCCUGCAAAUACGAUUCUGUUAGAAGAGUCAGUCGAAGAGUGGGCUUUAAAGAGGUGGGAGAAGACGAAGAUUGGAACCUAUACUGGACUGAUCAGUCUGUUGCCUUAGAAAGAGUUAUGGAAAUGAAAAGAUAUCAAAAGAUUAACCAUUUUCCUGGUAUGGCGGAAAUUUGUCGGAAAGAUUUAUUGGCAAGGAAUUUGAAUAGAAUGAUAAAACUAUUCCCGAAAGAGUACAAUGUCUUUCCAAAAUCAUGGUGCUUACCCGCCGAUUAUGGAGAUUUACAAGCUUAUUCAAGGGCUAAGCGGCAUAAAACUUACAUUCUCAAACCUGAAAGCGGUUGUCAAGGCAAGGGAAUUUGGGUUACUAAGAACACCAAAGAAAUUAAAGCUCACGAACACAUGUUAUGCCAAAUAUAUGUAUCUAAGCCAUUUCUAAUCGAUGGCUUCAAGUUUGAUUUGAGAAUUUAUGUCCUAGUAACAUCAUGUGAUCCGUUUAGGAUUUUUGUUUUCAAAGAUGGAUUAGCCCGCUUCGCCACUCAAAAAUAUUUGGAUCCCACUCAUGCCAAUGUCGAUAACGUCUUUAUGCACUUAACAAACUACGCAAUAAACAAGAACAGUAAAGAUUUCAUAAGAGAUGACGAGGCCGGAAGUAAACGACGAAUAACGACUAUUAAUAAAUGGUUUGUCAAGAAUGGUUACGACAUCGAUCAAAUUUGGAGGGAUGUUGACGAUGUAAUAAUAAAGACGCUUGUUUCGGCCUACGGCGUUCUUAAACAUAAUUAUCGAACUUGUUUUCCUAACCAUUUUAAAUCCUCGGCUUGCUUUGAAAUUCUUGGAUUUGAUGUCAUGUUCGAUAAAAAACUUCGACCAUACGUUCUGGAAGUGAAUCAUAGUCCUAGUUUUCAUACAGAUGCCAAAUUGGAUAAAGAAAUAAAGGAAGCUCUCCUGCAUGAUACCAUGGUAUUAAUUAACGUCGGUGCCAUCGAUAAAAAGAAGGUUAUGGAAGAGGAAAGGAAAAAGGUAAAAGAACGACUGCUUCAUAAGGGAUCAAAAAAAGCAACCAGGGAACAAAUGGAUGCGGCCAUAAGUAGUCACUUAGAGCAACUUGAAAAGUUUGAAGACGCUCAUUUAGGUAAUUUUAGAAGAAUUUAUCCUAUGCGGGGUUCGGAAAAGUAUGACAAAUUCUUUCAAACUUCUGGUUCUCUUUAUCAAGAAACUGCUGCCUUUAAAGCUCGCUCUGAAGCUGCGAGAAUUCAAAGGGAAGAAAUUAAAAGAAAACAGGAAAAACUCGACAGUAUUCUCAAAAAGAAGACGAGUGGUCGUGAUCCCUCAGAGCUCCGACCAGAGUCUCCAGGAGGAGGUGCCCGUCCAAAAUUAUUGACCAAAAGAUUAUCUAACCCAGGUACCAAACCAGUGAGAAGAUUUACAAAUGGUACAGUACAAAGAGCAGAAAACAAAGUAAUAUCGAACAAUGAAGUUCUCGUCGAGACCGUUCCAAUUGAUUCAAGUAUACCAGGAGCAAUAGUUGACGAUGAGGAACUAGAGCGUAUAAGUGGCUUAAUGCAAAGGGAUAAUCUCGUUAGAGGUCUGGGAGUGGUGGAGCACGUUUACAGACUACUCCAUGCUACUCCAGGUACGAGUGGAGGUCAUUACCACAGUCAGAAUAAAAAUCAUUCUUCUCAACCAAGGUUACACAGCGUAAGUUUCCAAAAAUUCUUUUUUUAAUUAAGUUGAGCUGUUUCUUUUAUCAAGUGUCCCAGGAUUAUUUUUUUAUAACAUGUCUUAGUCGGUAAAAAUAACCACUCUUAAAAAUUUAUGAAUCAAUUAUCUUGUUCAAUUUUUUGCUUAUGUACCUUUUGCUUAAUUUAUUUGAGAGCAUAUUUUUAUAGCCCAUUUAUAGCAUAUUUUAUAGUUCAAUUAACUUGAUAGUAGUGUAGCAAAACAUUUUGAAGAAAAAUAGUGAUCAUCACUUAUUUUUCUUAUUGGAUAUUAUAAUUCCUAAUCCUAACAGUUCAUUUGACUUUUUUUUAAAUAAAAUUUCAAAAGUUACCUAAAAGAAGAGCCCGCCGCCUCCCUGGACUACAAUUCUUUCGAAAGGACCACCGUAAAGUGGCUCCUCUAGCUCAAGCAAUGAUCGGUCAACCUAAUGGAGAGGAAUCAACUUCUGAUGAUGACAUUGAGGCCAACAUCUCAUCUCAUAGGCCUCUCCCGUAUGCGCAGGUGACGGCACGACAAAAAAAGCACUAUUCCCUGCCACGCCAUCUAGCGCUAUAGCAAUUUGUUUUGUUUUUAGUUACAAAUCAUUUCAGGCUAACUUGAUUGAUAUGUUUGUGAUGUUCCAAUAAUAGCUUAUCACUCCUAAUAAUUAUUAAUAUGUCUCAUCAAAGUGUUUGCAUCUGCAACGAUAAAAUAAUUAAAACAUAAUGAUCUUCUUAAGGCUCUUUCGAUUGAGUGUCAUUAAAUUAAUCAUUUUCGUUGAUUUUGCAGGUGUCAUCUGAUGACGUUUCAAAAAGGAUCGAAGGAACUCUUGGAGGGGGAGGUCGUAUGCUGUACACUACUCAUCAUCAACCUCUAAAACCGAUCCAAAGAGAGAAUAAGAACAAAUCAAUCACCGAUCCUCAAUGGCGUUUAGCCCUGGCGCCUCAAAUGAACGAUUCCAUUCGUUUACGACCAAAAGGAAGAGACAAAGAUUUGGAAAUUCAUAGAAAGACAUCUAGUCAUGGAUCAAGAAAGGAAUCUGGCGUAAGUUCUAAUUGUAAGUAUUAUUUUGAGCGCGUACCAGCUUGAUUUUGUCAACGCUAUAGCUGGAAAAAGUUAUGCCGUUUAUGAUUUCUUUUUGUUAUUAUUUAGUUUACGGAUUAGAAUUCUUCCCUUAUUAUUAGGACUGUAUAAAUAUAAUAUAUAAAAAAGAACAGUUAUUUCUGUUGAACAGCUUACAGACUUAUUUAAUACGGUUUUGUCAAAGAUUAUUGAUUUCUAUUAAAGCCUAGAAUAUUUUGUAUUUAUCUAUCUCUCCCUCAAAGAUAUUCUAUCUGCUAAGGAUUAAUAGAACUCUUUUUGUGAUUUUAGCGAAAACGCCCAGAAUUUCUAGUGGACCGUCAGCACCUGCGAUAACUCAUUCGUUCUUAACUGCAGCUCCUCAUGUGCUCUGCGAUUCUGCAUUGUCGGUCGUCUCGGCUCCCGCGCCGGUAAUGAUGAGACCUGAUCAAGUAACGCCUCCUCCAAUAGACGCUUUUCGUCAGAAGAGGCACGCUAUCAGGCAAAUCGACCAACAAGUCAUCGCUUAUAGGUGAUAGUUACCUCCAGUUUUCUUUCUUAUAGAUUUAUUGUGAUGAUGGACAAAAAAUCCAAGCAACAACAAAACAACAAAAACUCUUUUCCGUCCAGCAUUUUUUCAAAAAUAAUACAGAAAAAAAUCUCUCAAUAAUCUAUACUUCUUUGAUAUAAUAUAAUACUCAUAUUAUAUAAAUUUAUUGUACUGAUAUUUAUACUUUUUUCCCCUGCCAAUCGUUUAUUCUCACUUUUAAUCGAUCUUUUCCUUCUCUCUUCCUCUCUUUUCUCUCUUUUUCUUUCUUUCUUUUCAUGAAAAUCGCAAAUGAAGGCUUUUUUUAUUUUAUUACAAAAAAAACAGAGAAGAAUGACUGAUGACUUUAUACAUCAACUUUACUAAUAAUGCAUGAUUUCUUAUUAGAGAUUCAAUAAACUAUUUAUACUUGUAAAAAU